AGUCCCUGUGCUAUUUACAGACAGAUCAAUCAUCCAGACGCCGACGUAGAUUCACGGGGGCGAAUGAACAACGUGACGGAAUUCAUCCUGCUUGGCCUGACACAGAACCCAGACGCACAGAAACUCUUGUUCGCUGUGUUUAUAGUCAUCUACUUUCUCACCAUGGCAGGCAACCUACUCAUUGUCGUGACAAUCACCACCAGCCGAGCCCUGGGCUCCCCCAUGUAUUUUUUUCUGUCUUUCUUGGCCUUCAUAGACAGCUGCUGCUCUUCUGCCAUGGCUCCCAAAAUGAUAUUUGACUUACUCGCCGAAAAGAAAACUAUCUCCUUCGGUGGGUGCAUGACUCAGCUCUUUGCAGAGCAUUUCUUUGGGGGAGUCGAGAUCAUCCUGCUCACGGUCAUGGCUUAUGACCGCUACGUGGCCAUCUGCAAGCCCCUGCACUACACGAUCACAAUGAACAGGCGAGCGUGUGGCCUCCUGGUGGCCACGGCCUGGGCCGGGGGAUUUCUUCACGCUCUGAUUCAAAUUCUUUUUAUAGUCUGGCUGCCCUUCUGUGGCCCCAACGUCAUUGACCAUUUCAUCUGUGACCUUUUCCCUCUGCUGAAACUCUCCUGCUCUGACACCCACAUCUUUGGACUUCUUGUUGCCGCCAACAGCGGGCUGAUGUGUCUGCUCAUUUUUUCUAUUCUUACCACCUCCUACCUCCUCAUCCUUUACUCCCUGAGAACCCACAGCCCUGAAGGACAGCGUAAGGCUCUCUCCACCUGUGCCUCCCAUGUUACUGUAGUCGUCCUGUUCUUUGUACCCUGUAUAUUUGUGUACCUGCGGCCCAUGAUCACCUUCCCCAUUGACAAAACCGCGGCUGUGUUUUAUACUAUGAUAACACCUAUGUUAAACCCCUUAAUCUACACCCUCAGAAAUUCGGAGGUAAAAAACGCCAUGAGGAAACUCUGGAGCCAUACGGUAACCUUGGGUAACAAUUCAUGUGACUAG